GCGGGCGCGGGGCCCGUUGUUCCGGCGCAGGUGAGGGAGGUGGCGGCGAGCGACGCGGUUCACCUCCCGCUGCCCUCGCCCUCGCUCUCGCCCUGGCGAGCGGCCCCCGCAGGAACUUUCCUCCCGACGCGAGAUGUCUUAUUUACCAACAAAUCCACCAGGGAGCAUUCUUAUUUGCUGGCUCGGCGUCUCUCUCGGCGGUCACCGGAGUGCCCGAGGGGGAGGCGCGAUUUACGGAAGGCACAACUUCCUGAAUGGACCAUGACUCCCACCAAAGAUCCCUGUCUCUGAUUCACCAAACAGCUUCAACCCUGAAACCAGGACGAGAAGUUGACAACAUCUGAGUGGACAGCUAAUUGACCCAAGACUUCAGAGCAGGCCUACUAUUGCCCAGAAGAAAAGAUGUUUGGUUUUCACAAGCCAAAGAUGUACCGAAGUAUAGAGGGCUGCUGUAUUUGCAGAGCUAAGUCCUCCAGUUCUCGAUUCACUGACAGUAAACGCUAUGAAAAGGACUUCCAGAGCUGUUUUGGAUUGCAUGAGACUCGUUCAGGAGACAUCUGCAAUGCCUGUGUCCUGCUUGUGAAAAGAUGGAAGAAGUUGCCAGCAGGAUCAAAAAAAAACUGGAAUCAUGUGGUAGAUGCAAGGGCUGGACCCAGUCUAAAGACUACAUUGAAACCAAAGAAAGUGAAAACUCUAUCUGGGAACAGGAUAAAAAGCAACCAGAUCAGUAAACUGCAGAAGGAAUUUAAACGUCAUAAUUCUGAUGCUCACAGUACCACCUCAAGUGCCUCCCCAGCUCAAUCUCCUUGUUACAGUAACCAGUCCGAUGACGGCUCAGAUACAGAGAUGGCUUCUGGUUCUAACAGAACACCAGUUUUUUCCUUUUUAGAUCUCACAUACUGGAAAAGACAGAAGAUAUGUUGUGGGAUCAUCUAUAAAGGCCGUUUUGGGGAAGUCCUCAUUGACACACAUCUCUUCAAGCCUUGCUGCAGCAAUAAGAAAGCAGCUGCCGAGAAGCCAGAGGAGCAGGGGCCAGAGCCUCUGCCCAUCUCCACUCAGGAGUGGUGACUGAGGUUUUUAUGUAGAAGGGGAACAACAACAACAAAAAAAAAACAUCUAAAUUUUGAAAAGACCACAAAGCAACAAACUGACCCUCUUUUUUUUUUUUUUUUUUUUUUUUUUUUGGAGAUGGAGUUUUGCUCUUGUUGCCUAGGCUGGAGUGCAGUGCCGUGAUCUUAGCUCACUGCAACUUCCGCCUCCCGGGUUCAAGUGAUUCUCCUGCCUCAGCCUCCCAAGUAACUGGGUUUAUAGGUGCCCACCACCAGACCCAGCUAAUUUUUUAGUUUUUGUAGAGACGGGGUUUCACCAUGUUGGCCAGGCUGGUCUCAAAUGACCCUCCUAUUUUUAACUUGGAUAUCUGCUAUUCUGCCAAAACACAAUUUCUAGAGUAGUUUUGAAUGGGUUGAUUUCCCCCAGUCCCACAAACUCUGAAGCCAGUGUCUAGCUUACUAAAAAAAGAGUUGUACAUAAUAUUUAAGAUGCUGAGUAUUUCAUAGGAAAGCUGAAUGCUGCUGUAAAGUGCUCUUUAAGUCUUUUUUUUUUUUUUUAAUCCCCUUCUAAUGAAUGAAACUAGGGGAAUUUCAGGGGACAGAGAUGGGAUUUGUUGUAUGAUAAACUGUAUGUAGUUUUUAGUCUUUCUGUAUUGAGAAGCAGUGGUUGGGGCAUUUUUUAAGAUGGCUGGCUACUCUUGUUUUCCCUCACGAUAAUACAUUUGUCAUAACUCAGUAACAUGGACUUGCCCCUAGAGGUAGUUGUUGAUAAUUCUGAAGUAUUAAGGUCUUGCCAAGCUUCUGAUGAUUCAAACCUGUACUACUGAUUAUUAAGCAGGACAGACUGAGCUUUAUGUUGCAAAUACCUUGGAGGAGAAAGUAAUUUCUAAAUGUACAGAGAGGUAACUUGACUAUAUAUGUUGCAUCCUGUGCCUCCCUUCAUAUUAAUAUUUGAUAAAGAUUUUAAUUUAUGUAAAACUUCUAAAGCAGAAUCAAAAGCUCCUCUUUGGGAAAUGGCAAGUCUUUAGGACAGGCGAGACCCUGUAUGAAUAGUACCAAAGCAUUACCGCACGGUAGAGAGCACACUCUAUUAAAAAUGUUAAGCUAUCUGAAAAAUAAAAUGUGCAAGUCUUCAGGAUGGCACAAAACAAAGGUUAAUGCUUUUUGGGGCACAUUUCUUAGAGGGCUUGCUGAGUGUGUAAAUAUAAUUGACUUUUGUUUGUGUUACAUGACUUUGAUGACCAUUGAAAAUCUGCACAAUUCAGUUUCAGCUCUGGAUUACUUCCGUUGACCUUUGUGAAGGUUUUUAUCUGUGUAGAAUGGGUGUUUGACUUGUUUUAGCCUAUUAAGUUUUUAUUAUUUUCUUUCACUCUGUAUUAAAAGUAAAAUUUACUAAAAGAAAAGAGGUUUGUGUUCAUGUUAAAUGGUUUUGGUUUGGCUUCUUUUAGUCAGGCUUUCUGAACAUUGAGAUAUCCUGAACUUAGCACUCUUCAAUCCUAAGAUCCCCAUGAAAAGCCUCUCACUGGAACCCAAACCACAGUGUGCUCUUACUGCCUCUUUUCUGAAUAGUCAGCAAAAGCAUCGCCAGUUCAGUCUUUUCAGAAUGAGGGAGAAGCAUUUGCCUGCCUUGUCAUAACAAGACUCAGUGCUUAUUUUUUAAACUGCAUUUUAAAAAUUGGGUAGUAUAAUAAUAACAAGGAGUAAGCCACCUUUUAUAGGCACCCUGUAGUUUUAUAGUUCUUAAUCUAAACAUUUUAUAAUUCCUUCUUUUGGAAAAAACCUACAUGCUACAAGCCACCAUAUGCACAGACUAUACAGUGAGUUGAGUUGGCUCUCCCACAGUCUUUGAGGUGAAUUACAAAAGUCCAGCCAUUAUCAUCCUCCUGAGUUAUUUUGAAAUGAUUUUUUUUUUUUGUACAUUUUGGCUGCAGUAUUGGUGGUAGAAUAUACUAUAAUAUGGAUCAUCUCUACUUCUGUAUUUAUUUAUUUAUUACUAGACCUCAACCACAGUCUUCUUUUUCCCCUUCCACCUCUCUUUGCCUGUAGGGUGUACUGUAUGUAGUCAUGCACUUUGUAUUAAUAUAUUAGAAAUCUACAGAUCUGUUUUGUACUUUUUAUACUGUUGGAUACUUAUAAUCAAAACUUUUACUAGGGUAUUGAAUAAAUCUAGUCUUAUUAGAAAAUAAAAGGAGCUGUUUUGUGGCUUUGUUUGACAGGUCUUCAGUAAGAAUAAUGUUUUUGGCCUUCACAUAUACUCAGUUUAAGUGCUUAGUAUUAAUAACAAGCCAUGAAGGGAAUAAAUUCCUCUGUACUGAGACAUAGACUUUCGAAUAAAAGACAUUUUAACUGA